AGUUUAAAGCAAUUAGGUCGACUGAAUAGUGUUUACUUAUCUGACAUAAUGUCAACAAGUUAUUUUAUGUCGAUCAGUCAGAUUUACAGAACGUCGUUCAUACAUUUGAAUGCAACACGGAGUGCAGUGCAAAAGUUAAAAAUGGACAAGGCAUGCAGACAGCGAUCGAUACUGACACCACAUAAAAACUAAAGCUAAGUCCAACUAGACUAAAACAUCAAGUGACAUUCAGAGGCGGGGGUGCGCUCCAAGCCGAGUUUUGACAUUUCCGACAGCCGUGAACGCAGCAGAGCCUGUGUUUGAUGAGAAGGUGCCGCAGCUUCAGACGGACUUCACUUCGUCCUCGGGCGCAGGGAGCGCAGCAAUCCGCGCGUGGCCACAAACCCAACGGCACAGGAUAAGUUUUUGCCCCGAGGGACUCUUCUGCUGCUGCUGCUCAUUUCUGCUCUGGCUGUUUUCACUCAGAAGAAUCAGAAACUUCACUUUUCAGAAGUUGUUCAAGUCGCGGGGCGGAUUAAAUCCAUCGAGGGAAACGCAUCAAGUGGAUUUUACUCACCUGUUUCCUCGUGGCACAGAAAGAGGAGACUUCUGGAUAUUUAUAUUGCUCACAUUUACCAGCUAUUCAGUCUGUCUUACCAUCCUUUUCUUUAUUUUAUUUUAUUCAGUUUUAUUUUUUAAAACUGCAGCACUGAUGAUGCGACUCUUUCUGGCAUACAGGACAUGUUUGGAGGACGUGCAGAGGGUUGAAAUGCUACAGGGUCGUUAAAUUUAUUGGAACGUGACUGCCGGAUAUGAACUUUCUCCGUAAUGAUUGCAGGAGCGCUGGUGAAUGAUUGACAGCGUGCUGGCACAACUGGUUUUCCCAUCAGAUAUCCAUUUUACCCUUUAACAGGCUGGUUUGUGUCUUUUCUCUCAGAACAGAACUUUCUUCUGUUGACUCUUCUAAAACAUAAAGUUUCAGCCAUAAACUUGGGUAAAAUGAGCCUUUCUUUAUUUCAGUUGGUAUAAAGACUCUGCCAUACCCGGAUAACAGACUUACUUCAUCCAUGGCAUCAACAGUGAGACUCAUGCCGUACAGCCUGAUGCUGUACCUGCUUUUCGUUUUCUGGUCUCUCGGUUUCACAUCAGGAGCCUCCAAGGUCUUGGUUUGUGAGCCCAUUACAGUGCCCAUGUGUAAGGGCAUUGGUUACAACUUGACAUACAUGCCCAAUAUAUUCAAUCACGACACCCAGGAGGAAGUGGGGCUAGAGGUGCACCAGUUCUGGCCCCUGGUCCGCAUCCGCUGCUCCCCAGACCUGCUGUUCUUCCUCUGCAGCAUGUACACUCCAAUCUGCUUGCCGGACUACAGGAAGCCGCUACCUCCCUGCCGCUCCGUGUGCGAGCGGGCCAAGCGAGGCUGCUCCCCCCUCAUGAGCCAAUAUGGCUUCGAGUGGCCUGAGAGGAUGAGCUGCGAGCAGCUGCCCCAGCUCGGCGACGAGACCCUGUGCAUGGACCAGAACAGCAACGAGACCACCACUCUGGCCCCUUCGUUCCCAAAGUCCACCCCCAAAGUCAGAACCAGACCUCCCAGCCCACCGCAGUGUGACAGGGAGUGCCGUUGCAGAGACCCCCUGGUUCCCAUCAAGCGGGAGUCCCACGCUCUCUACGGCAGAGUCCAGACCGGCCCUUUGCCCAACUGCGCCCAGCCCUGCCACCUGCCCUACUUCUCGGCGGACGAACGCGCCUUCACCAGCUUCUGGGUCGGACUCUGGUCCGUGCUGUGUUUCAUGUCCACGCUGACCACCGUGGCCACUUUCCUCAUUGACAUGAAGCGGUUCAAGUACCCAGAGAGGCCCAUCAUCUUCCUGGCUGCCUGCUACCUCUUCGUCUCCUUGGGCUUCAUCAUACGUCUGGUUGCAGGUCAUGAGCGAGUGGCUUGUGGCUACAGCGGCCUCGGCGGAAGCCAGCUGCACAUCCUGUAUGACGCUUCCGGCCCUGCUCUCUGCACCCUAGUCUUCCUGCUGGUGUACUUCUUCGGGAUGGCCAGCUCCAUCUGGUGGGUGGUGUUGUCCUUCACGUGGUUUCUCGCGGCGGGAAUGAAGUGGGGUAGCGAGGCCAUUGCUGGAUACUCGCAGUACUUCCACCUGGCUGCAUGGCUCAUCCCGAGUAUCAAGUCGAUCGUGGUCCUCGCUCUCAGUUCCGUGGACGGGGACCCUGUGGCUGGAAUCUGCUACGUCGGGAACCAGAGCCUGGAGAAUCUGAGGGGGUUUGUGCUGGCCCCUCUUGUGGUCUACCUCUUCACAGGCUCGCUGUUCUUACUAGCUGGGUUUGUCUCUUUGUUCCGCAUCAGGAGCAUCAUCAAACAAGGUGGCACCAAGACGGACAAACUGGAGCGACUGAUGAUCCGAAUUGGGCUUUUCACAGUGCUGUACACGGUCCCCGCCACCAUCGUGGUGGCAUGCCUGGUCUACGAGCAGCACUACCGACCCGGCUGGGAACGAGCCCUGGCCUGCUCCUGCCUGUCGGAGCGCCAGCGCUCGGGCCCGGACUACGCCAUCUUUAUGCUCAAGUACUUCAUGUGCUUGGUGGUUGGCAUCACAUCCGGAGUUUGGAUUUGGUCGGGAAAAACUCUGGAGUCCUGGAGGAGAUUCGUGGCCAGAUGCUGCCCCUGCUGGCCACAGAAGGUCACUGCACCGCCUUCCAUGUACAGCGAAGCCUUAACGGGACACACUCGAACAGGGUUGUCAUCGGGGAUCUAUCAGAAAGCCCCUCCGUCCCAUAUAUGAACUGUGUGGCAACACGAAACAUUUUAGAGAACCUGUGAUUGUGGACAAGAAACCAGAACUAUAAGUUUGUGUCAUUUUACCCUAAAUAUGAACUAUAAACAGUAAAUACUAAACGAAAAGAUUCAGAGCGUAAAAAAGGUUUUUUUAUAUAUAUAUAAGCAUACAGUAUGGAAAUAAUAGUUAAAGCAAAACAUACGUUUGAGACUCUGAAUCUCGACAAAAUCUCUAUAAGUGAUUUUAUAUUUUUGCACUGCAGCUGAGACACUUGACCAAAUCUGACUCUCACUUAAAACAAGCAAUCCUCCCCUGAGGUAAUCGGAUAUUCCUGAGCACUGGAAAAAUAAAAAUAUAUAUUUAUUGUUGUACAUACUGCAAAUAUUUGUUGUAAAGAAAAGAAAAAACAACGUAAUGUUUCUGUAAAAAAAGAAAAAAAAAAAGAAAGCAACAACAUACUGCCAAGCUAUGUAUAAGAGACCACGGAAACAAAUAAUUGUCCAUAAAUGUGAUGUUGUAGCUCGAUGUUUGAGUGGUGUUGCUCCGUGUGAAUCCAAACUAAAUAUGCUCUUGGAAAUUUAUUACUGUGACUAGGAACUUCCCUUGUUUCGUCUGUAUAGUGCGCUCUAACAUGACCACUUUAGUUCUGUGAACUCAUUAAAGUGUCUUUGUGCCA